GCAUCUAAGCACCACAAAAAUACAAAAUUUAACACAUGUCAUAGAAUUUCAUCUCAUGAGUUUUUCAGAGGUUCCAGAACUUCAGCCCAUCCUGUUUGGCCUGUUCCUGUCCAUGUACCUGGUCACAGUGCUUGGCAAUCUGCUCAUCAUCCUUGGCAUCAGCUGUGACACCCACCUCCACACCCCCAUGUACUUCUUCCUCUACAACCUGGCUUUGGCUAACAUUGGUUUUAGCUCCACCACAGUCCCAAAUAUGAUCAUGAACAUUCAAACUCAGAGCAGAGUCAUCUCUUAUACAGGUUGCACUGCUCAGAUGUCUCUUUUCCUCCUGUUUGGAUGUAUGGAUGACAUGCUUCUGAGUGUGAUGGCCUAUGAUUGUUUUGUGGCCAUCUGUCAACCCCUGCAUUACACAGUCAUUAUGAACCCUCACCUCUCUGUCUUGUUACUUUUCAUGUGUUGCUUGAUUAGUCUGUUGGACAUGCUGCUGCACAAUUUGAUUGUGUUACAAUCUCCCUGCUUCAAGGAUGUAGAAAUAUCUAAUUUCUUCUGUUAUCCUUCUCAUGUUCUUAACCUUUCCUGUUCUGAUACCUUAAUUGAAAAUAUAAUCACAUUUUUCAUUGGUUUAAUAUUUGGCAUUUUCCCCAUCUCAGGAAUCUUUUUCUCUUACUACAAAAUUGUUUCCUCCAUUCUGAAAAUCCCAUCAUCAAGUGGGAAAUAUAAAGCUUUCUCUACCUGGGGAUCUCAUCUGUCAGUGAUUUGCUUAUUUUAUGGAACAGGCACUGGAGAAUAUAUUGGUUCAUCUGUAUCACAUUCUCCCAGCAGAGGAAUGGUGGCCACAUUUAUGUACACUGUGGUCACCCCGAUGCUGAACCCUUUCAUCUACAGCCUGAGGAACAAGGAUGUAAGUAGUGCUCUGAAGAGGCUCCAUAGUAAUGUCUUCCAUUUGAAAGUGGGUUAG